CUGCAGUCAGAGAGGAGCACUGUUUUUUUCCUAACAGAGUGCACUUUCACUAACAAAGAGCCACAGCUAUAACAGCGGCCUCCCGCCAACAGGAACCCACCAUGGCGUUGCGCCCACGAGCUUCCUCUCAGCCUGGAAAACUUUCCUUCUUCCAGAGUCCCAAGGUAGCUUCAGCCCUUCGGCCACGGGCUGCUUCCUCGCGCUCAGGCUCCAUGCUGGAAGAGGAGCUGUCCUGUCCUGUUUGCUGUGAGAUCUUCAAGGAACCUGUGGUGCUCAAGUGCAGCCACAGCUUCUGCAGGGCGUGCCUGCAGCAGUUCUGGAACAAGAAGAAGGCCAGGCGCGAGUGUCCCGUCUGCAGGAGGAAAUGCUCCCUGACGGAGCCCACGGUCAGCCUGGCGCUGAAGAACGUGGCCGACACCUUCCUGAGGGAGCAGGAACGCAAGACGGCCACAGCUGGGACGGGGGCAUGGGCCGGCGGGACAGGGGAGGAAGUAGGGAUGGUGGAGGUGAAGUGCAUCAUACACGGGGAAAUUCUCAAGCUCUUCUGCCUAGAUGACUUCGAGGUCUUGUGCUGUGUGUGUCACACCUCCAAGAAGCACCAGGGACAUCGAGUGUGUCCCUUGGAAGAGGGAGCUCAGGACCUCAAGGCAGAGCUGAAGAAAGAGCUGAUUCCUCUGAAGAAAAACCUGCGUCACCUCUAUGAGGCCAAGCAGGAGUGUGAUGACACAACUGUCCACAUCAAGAAUCAGACUCAGGCCACAGAGAAGCAGAUCAAAGAGGAGUUUGAGCAGCUCCAUGAGUUUCUGCAGAAGGAGGAGGCAGCACGACUCGCUGCCCUGCAGCAGGAGGACGAGGAGAGGAAACAGCUGGUGAAGAAGAAGGCCGAGGGCCUCACAAGAGAUAUACUCACUUUCUCUCAUGCUAUCAUCGCCGUCGAGAACGAGAUCGCUUCCAGCGAUGCUCUCUUUCUCCAGAAUUAUACUGCCACAAAGAAAAGAGCACAGAUCCCACAGAAGGAUCCAGAAAAAGUGUCAGGUGCUCUGAUAAAUGUGGCCAAGCAUAUCAGCUCCCUCAGAUACCACGUGUGGGAGAAGAUGGCGGAGCUGGUUCAGUACACGCCUAUCACCCUGGACCCCAACACUGCCUACUCCUGGCUGUCCCUCUCCCCAGACCUGACCAGUGUGGCCAACGGUGGAUCCCUGCAGCAGCUCCCAGAUAACCCGGAACGUUUUGGCCACUUUGUGUUCGUGCUGGGCUCAGAGGGCUUCACUUCGGGCCGCCACGCCUGGGAGGUGGAGGUGGGCGACAAAGUGGACUGGAUGCUUGGGGUGGUCAAGGAGUCCAUCGACAGGAAAGGCCGCAUCUCGGGCUGUCCCGAGGGCGGCUUUUGGAUGAUCUCGCACUACGAGGGCGAGUACUCGGCCAUGACGAGGCCCAGCACUCCUCUCCACCUGGAGGGGAAGCUGACCCGAGUCAGGGUGCAGCUGGACUUCGACUCCGGAGAGGUGACCUUCUCCAACCCUGUCAGCAUGACGCCCAUCUACACCUUCGUCGACUUCUUCACUGAGAAGAUGUACCCCUUCUUCUGCCCCGGAGCCAACAUCAAUGGAAAUAACCCCAGCCCCCUUAAGAUCUGCCCUGCCAAAGUUGCUGUGUGGAACAGUGCGACGUGGUGAUUUGAGAUCACCUCACACAGAACAUUAGUGUACUGAAAAGCAAAUUACCCAAGUGAAAAUCAGAUCAUUUGAGCAGAUGAUGUCUGUACAUGUUUGUGUGUAAAAUUACACAAGGAGAGUGAUUAGAACAAUAAUGGGUUUAUUUCACUGUGGUUCAUUUAGUGACUGAGUGGCAGUUAAUGAAGCACAAAGCAGCUGUUUGAAGCUACCAGGGGAUGGACUUGCCCUUAUAAUCCAGGAAGGCUCCAUUCUGCUUCUCAGUCAGGGAGGCCAUCACGCUAAGCAUCCCCUGCACACUCUCCGGAGCAUCAAUCUCCCCCUGGUGGUCACAAACACACAGCACAGUUACUAUGAGGACUCACACGGGAGCUGAAUUCAUCUCACUGACGUCUGUUUUCUGAGUGCAGACCAGUUAUAACUUUACAUCUACAGUUAGAUUCAAAAUCCAAAUGAUAAAUAUGGUUCAAAUCUGAUUGUUUUCUUGUUUUCAGUGUAAACAGAAAAAAACCAAAUCACACUCAAUUGCACAUUUUCAGUUCUGACUUUGGCCUGAUUUGUGGCAAUACAACACCAGUCUUAACCGUCAGAAAUGAUGCAGUGUUGUAGUCACUGUGUUGGCAGCUGCAGUCACAGUGGUUCAUUUGAGGGAUGGUGAAAUAUAAGACUGCAAAAUUAUUUAAAAUGCCAUCUCAAUAAAAAAGAAAAGAGAGGUGUCAGUGCAGGCUCGCAGGAAUAUUGUGAGCAUGAUGGAACUGCAAAGUUUGAAGACUUCAAACUAAAUUUAAACUAAAUGUCGUAGAUCCCUUUUAUGAGACACUGGUGCUGUGUGAUGACACCAGCAGGUUUUCCCAGUUUAUUUCACAAAGCAGAAUAAGAAAAUCAGCACAAUACAUUUGGCUAAAUACGUAGUUCUGCUAAAUCUUUGUAAAUUGAAAUUCUGGCAGACACUGUACAUUGAUUAUUGUAGGUACAUAUCAAUACAUUUACCUGUCUCACUUGAUAAUCUUGCUUUGUCUAACCUCUUUGGUACUGUUACAAAAAUCUGGAUAAUCUGUUCAGACUGAUAUGAGAUAUUGAAUGCAUUAGGAGAGUAAACUCUAAUCAAAAAAUCUUUUCUUUGGAAAAAUUCUUAAUUGAAUACCAAAAUCCUUUAAUGUGAAUGAGGCCCACAAGAUCUGUCACCAUGAGAACUGUACGGUUUUGUGAUUUUUAUUUGUGUUUUGUGUUGAUUCAAGAAUAACUACUGCAGCUGUUCCUUUGCUAUUUUCAGAACUCACACAGUGAUUGCAUAAACAUUCAACCAUUGUGUGUGAAAUUUGAAAUCAUACAACAUGAUGUUAAUAUUGUGCUUCUCAGUUAAUAAACUAAACAUUCAGAGUCAA